GGACGAGGCGGGGCUGGUCAUCUGGACACUUUGCGGGCAGUUGCUUCAAAUCUCGGGAGUGGGGACGGUUCAAAACGGGUCCGCUUCAUCGCGGUGGGUUUGGGCCCCUGGCAGCCUUUUCGCGGAGGCGCCACACCCUAGCGGCGGGGCCGACGUGGGCUUGGCGCCCCCUCGCACCGCGGAGACCCGGCCGUGGCCCAGGGGCUGGCGAGAAAGCGUCGCCAGGGCUGCAGUCGCCGCCCACAGAGCCGGGCCGGGGUCCCUGUCUCACCCCCGGUUCUCUCUUCCCCGUGUUCUGCAGGCUCGCUUCCGGCAUCAUGGCUCAAAGGGCCUUCCCGAAUCCUUAUGCCGAUUAUAACAAAUCCCUGGCCGAAGGCUACUUUGAUCCUGCCGGGAGGCUGACUCCUGAGUUCUCACAACGUUUGAACAAUAAGAUUCGAGAGCUUCUGCAGCAAAUGGAGAGAGGACUGAAGUCCGCAGACCCUCGUGAUGGCACCGCUUACACUGGCUGGGCAGGUAUUGCUGUGCUUUACUUACAUCUCUAUGAUGUGUUCGGGGACCCCGCCUACCUGCAGAUGGCUCAAGGCUACGUAAAGCAAAGUCUGAACUGCUUGUCCAAGCGUUCCAUCACCUUCCUCUGCGGAGAUGCAGGCCCGCUGGCCGUGGCCGCUGUGGUGCAUCACAAGAUGAACAAUGAGAAGCAGGCAGAGGAUUGCAUCACCCGGCUAAUUCACCUAAAUAAGAUUGAUCCUCAUGUUCCAAAUGAAAUACUCUAUGGACGAGUGGGCUACAUCUAUGCUCUUCUCUUUGUCAAUAAGAACUUCGGAGUGGAAAAGAUUCCUCAAAGCCAUAUUCAGCAGAUUUGUGAAACAGUCCUAACAUCUGGAGAGAACCUAGCUAGAAAAAGAAACUUCACAGGGAAGACUCCGCUGAUGUAUGAAUGGUACCAAGAAUAUUAUGUGGGGGCUGCUCACGGCCUGGCGGGAAUUUAUUACUUCCUGAUGCAGCCCUGCCUUCAAGUGAGCCACGCAAAGCUGCACGGCCUGGUCAAGCCCAGCGUAGACUACGUCUGCCAGCUGAAGUUCCCGUCUGGCAACUACCCUCCCUGUGUGGGCGACACGCGCGACCUGCUGGUCCACUGGUGCCAUGGCUCCCCCGGGGUUAUCUACAUGCUCCUCCAGGCCUACAAGGCGUUCAGAGAGGAACAGUAUCUCAACGAUGCCUACCAGUGUGCUGAUGUGAUCUGGAAGCACGGGUUGCUGAAGAAGGGGUACGGGCUGUGCCACGGCACUGCAGGCAACGCCUACGCCUUCCUGGCACUGUACAACCUCACUCAGGAUACGAAGUACCUGUACAGGGCCUGCAAGUUUGCCGAGUGGUGCUUAGAUUACGGAGAACACGGAUGCAGAACGCCAGACACCCCCUUCUCCCUCUUCGAAGGAAUGGCUGGAACAAUAUACUUCCUGGCUGACCUCCUAGUGCCCUCCAAAGCCAGGUUCCCUGCAUUUGAACUGUAAGGGGAGGCCUCCCCGCCUGCACUGCAUGGCCCUGUCUGCUGUCGGCCCUGAGCCGAGUGCUGUCGUUGCUUUCGAGGAAACGAACUGUGUGCUUCGUUUAGUUGGCUUUUUUGUUGUAAUUCGUCUUUAGUUCACUUCCUUUUCUUUAUCAUUUACUUUUAUUUUAACAUAUGCAAGGAAGUCUUUUAACUUUAACUUCACUUUCUUCCAAAAAGGAAGUUGGGCAAUAUAGAUGAUAAUUUGAGGGCAUAUAUGUAUAUACAUUUUGCAAGUUAGAGGAAACCUUACUCAUUUAAGCUUAUGAAUAUAACCGUCUGUUACUGUUCUAAACAUACUUAAAAGAAACUAAACGUAGGUAGACAAAGAUGAAUGUACAGUAUUGUUGGACACUGCCCUCUACCCCCACUCUUCAGUGUUUUUCUCCAAUAAGGCAGUUUUAUGACUUUGCUUUUCUCUAUGGUUGAUUAUAAAAGGGGACAAAAAUAUAACUCUAUGCUUCCAGGACAAAAAUUGCAAGAGUGACAAACUAGUUUAGGGACCUAAACACCACUGUUUAAAUUCACAGUGCUUAUUUAAACUGGAGAUAAACAUACUUGGAAAUUUGCCUCUUUUUAUUGGUAAAGCAUCCAGGCUAUAGCCAACAUUUUCAUCAAAAAUCUCUAAAAUGAAGUGGUUGUUGUGAAGAUUCUGAUUUGUUGUUUAGUUCUAGGUAAGCUAACAAUAAGUUUACUGUUUUUUCUAAAAUAAGCUACUAUGUUUUUUACCUAUUUAUUUAAACUUAUUUGUUCCGUAGAAUUAGGAUGAGAUCAGGAAGCCAGUGUCCUGGGUGUGACCGUGUUGUAACCGAGGACCUGCGUCCACCCUGUCCAGCUGACCUGAACUCUGACUUCUGUUUUACUCAGUUGGCGAUGACUCUGCUUUAAUGCUGGCUGUUUGGGGCCAGGCAUGUUUUCCUUCCUAGCGCUCUGUCUGGACACUGGCCUUUCACUUGGUAACGCGGCACUCUACUCCUGUUUAACAGGGGGGAGUGUGCUAUGCGUAUAGCCAUUAACUUGAGGGGGAAAAAACACUAAGCAUUUGAUAGAAAUCAGUGAUUGUGCUUAGAACACAUGGGUCCUGCCUCUUUGCAUAUGUUAGGCUUAACAUUCAUCAGUAUCUGAGCCCUCAGAUUUGGGUAUUUAUAUAGCAGAAGUAGAAUCACUGGCGCUUCAAAUCUGUACAAAUAUUUUGAGUCAUCAGCUUCUAUUCCUCCUCAUUCCGUCACUUCCUUUCCCAGGCUGGUUUUGUUUUUCUACACUUUGACUGAUUUUAGAACAUUUUGCAGCUUAAAAAAAAAAACAGGGUCUAAGGAUGUUAAAUGUGCCCAUUUCACAGCUCCCUCUGUCCUAAGAACAUGCUGUUUUAUACUAGAACUUUGAACCAGACCCCCACUGAGUGUGCACUGGUCCCUGUGGGUAGCAGCUCCCUGUUACUUUCCAUUUAGCACCAAAAUAGCUAAUAUUAUUGGAAAUUGUCUGAGCCUUUAAAGGCUACAGACCGUAGAUCUAAAACAGCAGCCCACUGCUCACGUCCUCGGAUUAGCUUGUCCUCUGUGACCGGUGCUAGUCGGGAGCACCUUGUGCCUCAGGUUUCCGCAGUGCUGCUGACAGGCUCUGCCUUUCUCCGGAACGUUGCAGAUCAACGGUGUCAGCAUUCACAGGAAAGCUAAUUUGCCUUUGGCUGGGCGUGCAACUUGAAAGAAUAAAGCCCAUUUGGUUUAGUUAAGUGUCUUACUGUCCUGUGCAAUUAGAGUUACUAACUAAGGGAAACAGAAUAAAACACAUUUUCUCCUAGCCCAAGACUUGAUCACAGUGCUUCUCCAAACGCCUUGAUUAAUUUAACUCAGGAAAACUUCAAGACAGAGAGAACAUUUUGAAUCAUAUUUUUGUUAAUACUUAAAUUACAGUCUGGCUCCUUUUAUCCAUUAUCAAAUUUAUCAAUACAAACACAAUUCAGGUACCAUUCUUGGGGGGAGGGUGCUAUUUAGGAUUUAUAAAACGGACAGAAUUGAGAUGUGCCUCUUUUUUUAUGUGUAAGAACAAAGUAAGUUUGAUAGUAUUUUAAACUUGCACAGGCGCUACGAACUAAGACCAGAAACCUAACACCAUGCUAGAAACUGAAAGAAACUUUUACACUAAUUUUCUUAGUUUUAAAGGGAAGAGGAAUUAUUUCUGUUGUAUUUCUGUUGUAUCAUUUCUCCCUGUAUAUUUUUGUUUUUGGUAAAAAAAAACCUUCCCAAAAGUUGCCUCCCAGAAAACUCAACAGUGUCUCUCAUGUCCGUGAAAAGCCUAGAGUCAAACCGUAAGCGCUUGCUGCACAGCGUGCAUUUAUCCUGCCUGUGUUCCCGUUCCUGCAAUGAUGGAAGGUUGUGGUAGGUGACUCUUCAUCGUGGAAAAAAUAUUAUCAUCAUCACUAUUGUCAUCAUUUCCAUUGGGCUUCGGUCUCAUCCAGGUUGUCAGUCUUUAACCCUCAGCAUUAUUUGUCUCCCUUUUCAUCUUUGAUGUCAACUCCAGUUAUUUGGCAUUGGAUGACUUCAUGGGAGAUGGAUUGUUAGGUAAAAGUGGAUCCAGGGCUGUUUUCUCUCCAUAUUACCACUUCCCUGUAUAACUGAGUGGAGGACAGACUUCCUCUGCUCCUAUGUCCUCAGGUUACUUUCUGUCUGAUCUUCUGAUGCCCUGCCUUGUACUAGCUGAUUUUGAAAUGCAAAAUGUGAAGAGUGGACCUUUAUUCAUCUGCUCCUUUGGCUGCUAGAACUCAUUUGUUGUCCUUGUUACUCAUACUGAAUUGAUUCCCCUUCUGCUUUCCCGGAAAGGUCAGAGCACCCGUUUCUGUAUGGCUAAGCUGUAGAGCUGUUGCUCCACUACAGGUAUAAAACAAAAAUGUCUGGGGUGUUCAGGGAACCCACCCUAAUUGUACAUUGCCAUUUAUUGGGAAGGGCUGGGGUCGUAUGUAUUUCUAUGUUCUGUAAAGGAUUUAACUUACUGGUUCUCAAUAAAAUUUUAUUAAGACUA